GGAGUCAGAGCUUGUGGCGUUUGUGAUGUAGAUUUAGAGACUCGCACUUUUUAUCCUUUCUGUGUAAAGUAACGAUACAAACGGUAAACGACACGGUAAACCAAAGCAAUGUCUGUGGGCUCCGGGAACAGAAACACGAACACGGAACCGUGGGGAAGCUUUGAUGACAACCUCGUCCAGGGCGGCGGUUCGGCGGUCAUCGACAUGGAGAACAUGGACGACACGUCGGGCUCCAGCUUCGAGGACAUGGGGGAGAUGCACCAGAGGAUGAAAGAGGAAGAGGAAGUGACCGCGGAGGCCGCAGCCACUGAAGACGACACCGCCGAGGACGGCGAGUUCCUGGGCAUGAAGGGCUUAAAGGGUCAGCUAGGCCGACAAGUAGCAGACGAGGUGUGGCAGGCAGGGAAGCGUCAGGCCUCCAAAGCCUUCAACCUUUACGCCAAUAUUGACAUCCUGCGUCCCUACUUUGACGUGGAGCCGGUGCAGGUUCGCAGCAGGCUGAUGGAGUCUAUGAUCCCCGUCCGCAUGAUCAAUUUCCCCCAGAAGAUCGCCGGUGAGCUGUACGGCCCUCUGAUGCUGGUCUUCACUCUGGUGGCAAUCCUGCUGCACGGCAUGAAGACGUCUGACACCGUCAUCAGGGAGGGGACCCUGAUGGGAACGGCUAUAGGAACUUGUUUCGGUUACUGGCUCGGUGUUUCCUCCUUCAUCUACUUCCUGGCGUAUUUGGUCAACGCUCAGAUCACCAUGUUGCAGAUGCUCUCCCUGCUGGGUUACGGUCUGUUUGGUCACUGCGUAGUCCUCCUUGUCACCUACAACAUCCACUUCCACUUCCUCUUCUACGUCCUCUGGCUGCUUUGUGGAGGAUUGUCUACUCUGCGCAUGGUAACCGCUCUGCUGUCCCGGACAGUGGGUCAGACUCCUCGUCUCCUUCUCUGCGGGACUUUGUCUGUCCUCCAUAUGCUCUUCCUGCUCUACCUUCACUUUGCCUACCACAAGAUUGUAGAAGGGCUCCUGGACUCUCUGGAAGGACCCAACCUGGCUCCCAUGCAGCGGGUGGCCAGAGACGUGCCUGAGCUGACCCUGAAUGCCACUGUGAGGGGCCCGGGGCCCCUGCUGAAGGCCAUAUGAGAUCCACAACAACAUCUUCGUGUCUGACCUUUUUUAUCCUUUCUGUCUUUAGUGGUUUUUGUUUUCAUUCCAGAAAUAUUUAUAGUUUCUGAACAGAGACUCAAAUAAACAGCUAUGACCUAAAAUACAA